ACGGUUCGUCUCGUUCUCGUUCUCGUUCUCGAUCUCGUUCCCGUUCUCAUUGUCUUGCUCCCGUGUCCGUUCGAUCGAAAGCAACUGUGGAGCCUGGUGAAGUGAAGUGAAGUGCUUGUCAAGUGAUCAUUGAAAGGGGUCAACUAGUUACUUCCAGUCAUGACCAAGUACAACAAUACAAACGCCAUGCUGACGGGCUCUGGCGCGGCCAUUGACAAUACCAUCAAGCAGGAAUACAGCAGCUAUCCACAGCAGGCGCAUCCGAGUGGCUAUCGGUACGGCAACAACAGCAUGCCACAUCCGAAUGCCCAUCAGAAUCCUCACCAGACGCUGCAGCAUUUCUUCAGCCGCUUCAAUGCCGUCGGCGAUGCCAGCAGCGCCGCUUGCAGUUUCAACAACAGAAACCACCAGACGUCAGAUCCCGGCAAACAGCUAUCGAUGACAUCCUCGCCCAUAUACACCACGGACUACGAUGACGAGGACAGCAGCCUGAGCUCCGAGGAGCAUGUGCUUGCUCCGCUCGUUUGCGCCUCCGCCCAGUCCUCGCGGCCCUGCCUCACCUGGGCCUGCAAGGCGUGCAAAAAGAAGAAUGUUACCGUUGAUCGCCGCAAGGCAGCCACCAUGCGAGAGCGACGGCGUCUGAGAAAGGUUAACGAGGCCUUUGAGAUCUUGAAGCGUCGCACAUCAUCCAAUCCCAAUCAGCGCCUGCCCAAGGUUGAGAUCUUGCGCAAUGCCAUCGAAUACAUCGAGAGUCUCGAGGAUCUGUUGCAGGAAUCCACACCCACACGCGAUGGCGACAAUCUGGCGCCCAGUUUAAGCGGCAAGAGCUGCCAGUCCGAUUAUCUGAGCUCCUAUGCGGGCGCGUAUCUGGAGGAUAAGCUAAUCUUUUACAACAAACACAUGGAGAAAUAUGGCCAGUUUGCAGAUUUCGAUGGCAGCGCCAGUGCGAGUGGCUCCAGCUUGGAUUGCCUGAAUCUCAUUGUCCAAAGCAUCAACAAGAGCACAACGAACGCCGUUCAAAUGCAAGCCGCCGCCAGCAAAUCCAGCGCCACAAUCUCAUCCAGCAGCACGCCGCCGGCGAAGGGCAGCGGGUCGACGCUUCACGCGAACUUCAAGCAAAAAUGCAGCACCUAGCACUGAGCGAC